AUGGAGACAUACAAAGUACCAUCGUCGGCCCUGAUCGGGGUGGCGGUUCCUACUUCUUCCCCGUCUGCAAGUCUCCCUGAAAUCCAUCGACGCGUAAUUGCCCCAUUUCCCGUCUUUGUCUCCGUUGCUUCGCGGACGCUCGAAAAGUACGCAGACCCGCUGGUGGCUGACUGGCUGAUUGGCUCACUGGAUCGUCGGAAGCAUAUGGGAGUCGGGCUUUGCAAGUUCAAGCAGACCCCAGCAGCCGAGCCUUAUGCAGCAGGAUCUGGAGAAGAAGUUCGAAGUCUAGGCCCUGGAGCAGACUUGUGGGGACAUGCGUAUCUUAUUCUGCAGGCUUCACACUUAACAUGCACCAAGCAUGUACGCGGUUCCACAUGCAGUAUCCCGGUCUCUGGGAGAAUGCACUGUUGCAUCGUUGCAAUGUUGCGGAUUGAUCUCGAUCUUGAUCCAUCCGGGAGAGAUCCGUCAAUCAACUCUUCUCAGGUCCUGAUACAGCCGGGAAGUCGAGCCGGCUGGCUGGAUAGAAUUGAGAGAUAUCCCGAAUUUGGUUGCGGACAGGAGACCUGCUUCGACCAAAACAAGAAGGGAGGUUGGUUAAGUUCUCUCGAAAAGCUUCUGAGAGCGCCUCCAACUGCAGAGCAAGUGUACAGUGUACUUACUCUCGCUGAUCAGCGCACUCAUUGGGAGCUGCGCAUUGCGGUCGGACUUACGGAGUAUUACUGCUGA